CGCAAGCUGGCUGCACAUUCGGCCAUCAAGGGGCGCGCCCACACGACGUAAUCCAUCUCGAAGUCAUCAGAUAUCCACUCGUUCGCCGCAGGGCUACUUCCAUGCUUGGUUUUACCACAUCGCGACACCUGCACGAGGUUGGAAGUCGCCCUCAAGGCGGUCCUUCCCUGUGAGGCCGCAUUGCCAAGACCCCCCACAAGCGACGACGACGGCCAUGUCCCUCGCUGCAUCCACACAUCGGCCAUCCUCGCGUGAACGACCGAGCCAUGCCCGCUUCCUGCAUCAACCGCCCAAUGCGAUCCAUCUGCGCACCCCGAAUGCGACGCUGAGCGAUGAGGCCAUGUCCAACGGCUCCAACGCGAACACUCUGGGGGAAGGGACCGACACCACCGCGGAAGAGGACCCCAGGGCAGCGCGCUGGCAGGAACACUACCUGCGCACCGAAGCGCGCCUGAACGCGGUUCUUGGGGGGACAUAUCUAGAUGGCGCUCUUGAUGCCGUGGACAAUGGGCCCAAGUCGUCCGAUGAUGCUCCGACGGCGCAUGACGCGCGCCCGGCCCUCACACCCAAGAAGCCCACCCGCGCCAUUGACGAAGACGACUAUGGCGACGACGACGACGACGACGAAGAAGAAGAAGAGGACGAAGACGACACCCGCACCUCACCACUGCUCUCGAAAAGCGCCCCCAACGGCAUUGCUGCCACCGCCCCCGACACGCCAAGCCUCAUCCGCAUACCACCUAUAUCGAACAAAUUCGGCCUAGAACGGACAAGCACACCGUCUUCAGAGCAGGCCAAGACUUCAGACGAUGUGCGCAAGAAGCUGCAGCGGGACAAGAAGGCGUCGGAGGAUGCUGCGAAGCGGAGCUUCCACACCCUGUUCUACACUCUGGAAAGCGAUCGCGAUGCCAUGAUGGAGCAGCAGAAGCUUGACGAACUCGACCGGCAAGUCGAGAUCGAGACUUCUGGGCAGCCUGCGAAUGCCCCCAUCAACGGCGCCGCCGCCGCCCCCCAGCAGGGAACCUUGAGCACCACCAACCUCGGCGCAUCCAGUCUUACCCUGAAGCACCUCAUCUCGCGCAUCGACGCGCAAAGAGAUAGAGUCCAUGCGACCGACGCUCAGCUUCGAAGUUUGAUUAGUGAAGUCCGCAAGAACAGGAGCAAAUGGGCAAACGAAGACCGCGUCGGCCAGGAGGAGUUAUAUGAGAGCAUGGAGAAGGUCCUCAUGGAACUCAAGGCUGGCGAACACGCGCACCCCUUUCUCCAACGCGUCAACAAACGAGAAGCUCCCGAUUACUAUAACGUCAUCAAACACCCUAUGGAUAUCGGUACCAUGAUGAAGAAGCUCAAGCAGCUGCAAUACAAGUCGAAGAAGGAGUUCGUCGACGAUCUUAUGCUGAUUUGGUCGAAUUGCUUGAAAUACAACGCCGAUCCCAGCCACUUUCUUCGGAAGAAAGCUCUACACAUGAAGAAGGAGACUGAAAAACUCGUACCUCUUAUCCCAGAGAUUACCGUCCGCGAUCGUGCAGAAGUCGAGGCCGAGGAGCGACGAAUGCGAAACGGCGAUGCUGAUGCAGAUGGCGCCGACGACAGCGAAGAUGAAGAACCCAUAAUGGCCUCACGAGGCCGGAAAGCACCGAGUAAAGGUGGCAAAGGCUCGAGUACCGCAAGAAAAGCACCUCCAGCAGGUCUGGAAGGCACACCUGGCCCUGAAUCUAAACCAUCCGUUCCCUCUAUCAACGCCGUUUCCAACCUAAAGAACGAGUUCCUACGCGCGGAUUCAGAGAUGGAAGGCAGCGUGAAUGGUUUCUCUACACCUCCACCCGGCACCCUGACACCAUUAGGCCCCAACGGUAUUUCGAGAAGUGGCGCAUACGGCAGUCAAGCAGACAAUUCGGAGGCAGAUGGGACCGGUGUCUCGGUCACUGGGUACGCCAUGGAAGAGGAUGCCGAUCUUGAUGACCUAGAAUACAAGACCUGGAAGCAAGUCACCAAAAAGGAUCGAGCGACCAUUGCAGCUGAACGACACCGGCUUUUUCGCGACGACCGCCUUCAAGCGGAUGAACCUGCCGUUCUACGGACAAAAGCCGGAAUGAGAAGAUGGCUCCGUCACCGCAAACAAGCCCUAGAAGAAGAGUCUGCAGACGGAGCCAAGUCCGCGCUGGACGGCAAAGAUGGUGUCCAAGCAACAGCUGGCGAAUCCCUCGCCGAAGGCAUCGAGGGCGAAGAGGAACGCCAAAUCCCAGACUAUUAUGACGCUGUUUGCGCCAUUCCUGAUCUUACCGAGCGUCUACAGUGGGUCGAGGAUGCGGAAGGUCAUGUUAUUCAGCAGGCAGAAGAGUACAUGCGCAUCGUUCCACCAGGCCAAUUUACGUCCCCGGAUGGUACCCUGGCGAAGAAAAUGGAUUCCAACAUGCAGUCAUUGCAAGAUACGAGGAAGAUAUGCGCAAAGAUUGGCAUUGUCAAGCAAAUGCAAAUCCAGUCACAGUUGUACCAGAAUCAGUUUCAAAGAUACGAACCACAGCCAUUCAUGGAGGCAGACGUUAAGCCAAUGGUCGUCUCUGAAGAUGGCCCGGUAAUGGCUCCUUAUGUUUGCCGCGCUGCGUUACAGCGGAGUGUCGGCAAAGUCUUCUAUCAUGCUGGGUUCGAAGAGUUCCAGCCCUCCGCUCUUGACGCUGUCACCGACAUUGCUGCAAAGUUUUUCCAGAAUCUCGUUGCGAGUCUCGGGAUCUAUCGUGAAACUCCGAAAAUGAAGGCAGACAUUCCGGUAACGCUUCCAAGCGGUCAAACGACAAGCUGGACCCCACGAUUCACCCAAGAGGAAGCCGUACUGCACGCUUUGCACGCAAAUGGUGUAGAGCUUGAAUCCUUGGAGACGUACGUCAAAGAUGACGUCGACCGACUGGGAACAAAGCUCGCUGGCAUGCACGAUCGAAUGCGGUCUUACUAUGCUGAACUUCUUCGUCCAGCCAUGGACAAUGCUGGCGCCGACGGGGCCGGUGCCUUUAAUGAUGGCAGCGAACAGUUUGUGGGUGGUGAUUUCGCCGAAGAUAUCGGCGAAGACUUCUUUGGGUUCAAGGAACUCGGUCUGGAUAGAGAGUUUGGUCUGACCUUCAGUGUUCCAUUACACUUGCUGCAAAACAGGGUGCACAAUGCAUAUGCCAGGCAAGAUAACAACAACGUCACCACCACGGGUGUCAUCGUACCCGAGCCACCGAAGUUCGAACCGGUUACCGUGCAGGCAGUCGAAAGCCAGAUCGGCCUUGUGCAAGGAUGGCUUCUUAACAAACUUCACGACAAUAACAGCCAACCGCUCGUUGAAGAUGAUGAGCUACCUCCCAAGCAGCGCUUCCCUAAGCCACGGCUGCCUCCUACAGGCAAGAUUUCGAGUCCUCGCAAGCGCCCGUUGAGAGAACAACAACAAAUGGCACGCAAGAAGCGCAAACUAGAUGAAGAUAAGGAUGACAUUGGUAAUGACCAAGGUGGUUUCGUGAAAGGGCUCGGCAAACCCAUUGGCAAAUUGAAGCUAGAACCAGCACAGAAGGAAAAUCACAGUGUACAAGAGCCAGAGAAGGAAGAUGGAAGCGCUCAUGGUAUGCCUAGCCCACCUGAAUCAUUUUAGGAUUUAUUGGAGCAGAUUUCGACAUCUCCAGUCUCAGCUAAUAGCACUAAAAUGAUCGUUUCGAGCACGCUCGGGUGGACGUAUUUCGUAUAUCUCUCCGUUUCUGCAUUUGGGCUAAGGUGAACUGAGCAACCUUUGAUCAGUGGCUGAUGAAUUUUUUUUGGCAGCAUAUUUCAGUCCUUAAGAACCUGAACCCAACUCUAGGUUUCGGGGUCGCUAUUGUAUUCUAAGUGGCCAGGAUGGCAGGUUCGGCGUUUCUUUGCUCGUCGGCACUUGUGGUCGCAUAUUUCUCUUCGUUACAGGUGGGUGGUUGGCCAGUGGUUUUUAUACCCUUCUCUGUUGGUAUGCGUUUCUUCUACGCGUUAGUCGCAAGCUGCGACAGUGAUUCGAGGAGUGGCUUCGUUCUUCCUUUGUACAUAUCUGAGUACCAAGGCUGCGGCUUCGAUUGCGGC